AUGACGGAUCCCGCAGGAAUCUUUGAAUUGGUGGAGCUUGUUGGAAAUGGUACAUAUGGGCAGGUCUAUAAGGGUCGUCAUGUUAAAACAGGACAGCUUGCUGCUAUUAAGGUUAUGGACGUCACCGGGGAUGAAGAGGAGGAGAUCAAACAAGAAAUUAAUAUGCUAAAGAAGUAUUCUCAUCACCGAAAUAUUGCUACAUAUUAUGGUGCUUUUAUUAAAAAGAACCCACCGGGAAUGGAUGAUCAGCUCUGGCUGGUGAUGGAGUUUUGUGGCGCUGGCUCCGUCACCGACCUGAUCAAGAACACAAAAGGGAACACUUUGAAGGAGGAGUGGAUCGCCUACAUCUGCAGAGAGAUUUUACGGGGUUUGAGUCAUCUACACCAGCACAAAGUAAUUCAUCGAGACAUCAAGGGACAGAAUGUAUUGCUGACGGAAAAUGCAGAAGUUAAACUAGUGGAUUUUGGUGUCAGUGCCCAGCUGGACAGAACGGUAGGCAGGAGAAAUACCUUCAUUGGGACUCCUUACUGGAUGGCCCCUGAGGUCAUUGCUUGCGAUGAAAAUCCUGAUGCCACUUACGACUUUAAGAGUGACUUGUGGUCUUUGGGGAUAACAGCCAUAGAGAUGGCAGAAGGCGCUCCCCCUCUCUGUGACAUGCAUCCCAUGAGAGCCCUGUUCCUCAUCCCCCGCAACCCAGCCCCAAGAUUGAAAUCAAAGAAGUGGUCUAAGAAGUUUCAGUCCUUCAUUGAGAGCUGCCUAGUAAAGAACCAUAGCCAGAGACCGACGACAGAGCAGCUGAUGAAGCAUCCCUUCAUCCGGGACCAGCCCAACGAAAGACAGGUUCGCAUCCAGCUCAAGGACCACAUCGACAGGACUAAGAAGAAGCGAGGCGAGAAAGAUGAGACAGAGUACGAGUACAGUGGAAGUGAGGAGGAGGAGGAGGAAAAUGACUCUGGAGAGCCCAGCUCCAUCCUGAACCUGCCUGGAGAGUCGACGCUGCGACGGGAUUUCCUGAGGCUGCAGCUGGCGAACAAGGAGCGCUCGGAGGCCCUGCGACGGCAGCAGCUGGAGCAGCAGCAGCGUGAGAAUGAGGAGCACAAGCGGCAGUUGCUGGCGGAGCGGCAGAAGCGGAUUGAGGAGCAGAAGGAGCAGAGGCGAAGGCUGGAGGAGCAACAAAGGCGAGAGAAGGAGAUGCGGAAGCAGCAGGAGAGAGAGCAGCGGCGGCACUACGAGGAGCAGAUGCGCAGGGAGGAGGAGCGGAGACGUGCUGAGCACGAGCAGGAGUACAUCAGGCGACAGUUAGAGGAGGAGCAGAGACAGUUAGAGAUCCUGCAGCAGCAGUUGUUGCAGGAGCAAGCACUACUUCUGGAAUAUAAGCGCAAGCAGUUGGAGGAGCAGCGGCAAGCGGAGAGGCUGCAGCGACAGCUCCAGCAGGAGCGCGACUACCUGGUCUCCCUGCAGCAGCAGCAGCAGCAGCAAAGGCAGGACCAGAGGCCAGCAGAGAAGAAACCACUCUACCAUUACAAGGAAGGAAUAAAUGCCAGUGAGAAGCCAGCGUGGGCCAAGGAGGUGGAGGAGCGCUCCCGACUCAACCGUCAGAGCUCACCGGCCAUGCCUCACAAGGUGGCCAACAGGAUUUCCGACCCCAACCUGCCUCCUCGCUCCGAGUCCUUCAGCAUUAGCGGUGUGCAGCCAGCCCGGACCCCACCCCUCCUCAGACCCGUGGACCCACAGAUUCCACAUCUGGUCACUGUGAAAUCCCAAGGAAGCUCCUUGUCUGGCUCUCAGUCCCUGCAUGAACAGCCCGCCAAGGGGAUGGCUGGGUUUCAGGAGGCUCUGACGGUGGCCUCUCACCGCCCUGAGAUGCCAAGGCAGAACUCGGACCCCACCUCAGAAAACCCUCCUCUGCCCCCUCGCAUUGAAAAGUUUGACCGAAGUUCUUGGUUACGGCAGGAGGAAGACAUCCCGCCAAAGGUGCCUCAGCGAACCACUUCCAUAUCCCCAGCUCUGGCGAGGAAGAACUCCCCAGGCAACGGCAGCGCACUGGGACCCCGACUAGGAUCCCAGCCGAUUCGCGCAAGCAACCCGGACCUGAGGCGGACGGAGCCCAUCAUCGAGAGCCCGCUGCAGCGCACCAGCAGCGGCAGCUCCUCCAGCUCCAGCACGCCCAGCUCCCAGCCCAGCUCCCAAGGGGGCUCCCAGCCCGGCUCCCAGGCGGGCUCCAGUGAGCGCAACAGAGUCAGAGGAAACGUCAAGCCGGAAGGGUCACCUGUGCUCUCCCACGAGCCCGCUAAGAUAAAACAGGAAGACAACAGAGAUGUGACACGACCGAGCCGACCUGCUAGCUAUAAGAAAGCUAUAGAUGAGGGAGAAAUGGAUCUGACGGCCUUAGCCAAAGAGUUGAGGGAGCUGCGCAUCGAGGAGACCAAUCGCCCUCUGAAGAAGGUGACCGACUACUCCUCCUCCAGCGAGGAGUCAGAGAGCAGUGAGGAGGAGGAGGAGGAUGGUGAAAAUGAGACACAUGAUGGGACUGUGCCUGUCAGCGACAUCCCGAGGCUGAUACCCACAGGAAUUCCUGGAAGCAACGAGCCGUACAACCUGGGAAUGGUGGCAACCCACGGUCUGGAGACAUCCCAUGCAGAUACGUUUAGCAAUAUUUCAAGGGAAGGGACUUUAAUGGUGAGGGAGACCUCUGGUGAAAAAAAGCGUUCAGGCCACGCAGCCAGCAAUGGCUUUGCAGGCCACAUCAAUCUGCCUGAUCUGGUGCAGCAGAGCCACUCGCCUGCGGGCACACCGACCGAGGCCCUGGGCCGAGGCUCCACGCAUGCGCAAGACAUGGACUCGGUGCCUGAAUAUGGUAUGGGAAGUAGCACCAAAGCCUCUUUCACGCCGUUUGUGGACACCAGAGUGUAUCAGACCUCGCCUACUGAUGAAGAUGAAGAUGAGGAUGAAGAAUCAUCUGCUACUGCACUGUUUACCAGUGAGCUGCUCAGACAAGAGCAGGCCAAGCUGAACGAAGCACGGAAGAUCUCGGUGGUGAACGUGAACCCCACCAACAUCCGCCCCCACAGCGAUACCCCCGAGAUCCGGAAGUAUAAGAAGCGCUUCAACUCGGAAAUACUCUGUGCUGCACUGUGGGGUGUAAAUCUCCUGGUGGGCACAGAAAAUGGCCUGAUGCUGCUGGAUCGAAGUGGACAAGGGAAGGUCUACAACCUGAUCAACAGACGGCGAUUUCAACAGAUGGACGUACUAGAGGGCCUUAACGUCCUCGUGACAAUAUCAGGAAAGAAGAACAAGCUGCGAGUGUACUAUCUCUCCUGGUUAAGAAACAGAAUUUUACACAACGACCCCGAAGUAGAGAAGAAGCAGGGCUGGAUCACAGUCGGAGACUUGGAGGGCUGCAUCCACUACAAAGUUGUGAAAUAUGAAAGAAUCAAGUUCUUGGUGAUUGCCUUAAAGAAUGCUGUAGAGAUAUAUGCUUGGGCUCCUAAACCAUAUCACAAGUUUAUGGCAUUUAAGUCUUUUGCAGAUCUCCAGCACAAACCGUUGCUUGUGGAUCUCACUGUAGAAGAGGGUCAGAGACUCAAGGUUAUCUUUGGAUCACACACUGGUUUCCAUGUGAUUGAUGUAGAUUCUGGGAACUCUUAUGAUAUCUAUAUACCAUCUCACAUUCAGGGCAAUAUUACUCCUCACGCCAUUGUCAUCCUGCCUAAAACAGACGGGAUGGAGAUGCUUGUGUGCUAUGAGGAUGAAGGCGUAUAUGUGAACACCUAUGGACGGAUAACUAAAGAUGUGGUGCUCCAGUGGGGAGAAAUGCCGACUUCUGUGGCCUACAUUCAUUCCAAUCAAAUAAUGGGCUGGGGAGAGAAAGCUAUUGAAAUCCGGUCAGUGGAGACAGGACAUUUGGAUGGAGUAUUUAUGCACAAACGAGCUCAAAGGUUAAAGUUUCUAUGUGAAAGAAAUGAUAAGGUGUUUUUUGCGUCGGUGAGGUCCGGAGGAAGUAGCCAAGUGUUUUUCAUGACCCUCAACAGAAACUCCAUGAUGAACUGGUAACAGAAGAGCACGGGGCGCUUCCCGUCAUGGCAUUAUUUCUGAUUUAAAGGACAUUGAACACGUGGACUAACGCCGC